CACAACGGAAAACUGAGAUGAAAUAUUCAUUCAGUCAAAUUCAGUUCUGUCAAGUAUGUCCGCAGAUGCUAAUUAUAUUAAAAAAAUUCAAAAGGGAGAAUCGACGCUCUGCCCUGAUCCAAGGUACACCACGUCCAACAUAACUUAUUGGUGCUACAGGUCGUUUUUAGACUGGCACCGGUGCCUCAGACUGAUGGGAAGAGGUCACAAACCGUGCAUGUACUUCAGGACUGCCUAUGGACAGCUUUGUCCAAACGCCUGGGUGGCAGAAUGGGAACAACAGUUGGAGGAUGGUACCUUUCCCGGUUUGCUUCCACCGGAUCCAGAUGAGAAAAAUUAAGAUUUAGUUACAAUUUUGUAAGUUUGAUAAUAAAGAAUAAAACGAUA